AUGGCGAGACAAACAGCAACAACAACAGCAACCCACCCUACAGCUCCAUCUCCCUCAUCCAAAUACACCCACUCUUCAAGCUUGCCACCCCUAACCCCUCACUCCCGCUUACCCCCCAAAGCUCCCCAACCCCAACGCGCAAAAAUUAUCCUCGGGUUCUCCGGUAUCGGCAAAACGCACCUAGCCGCGCGCGCGAAUCGAGAAUUCGAAUGGCUGCACGUAAUCGACUAUUCUCUCGAGCGACACCAUCUCGAUUUCAGCUGCGACUACCAGGCCGAGUAUCUACAGACGAUAUCUGCUGCGGUGUCGCAGCCGGGGGUAUUAUUACUUGGGGGACCGCGGUGGGUGGGAGAGUUUCUGGUGAGGAAUGAGUGGGCGUUUAGUAGUGUGUUUCCGAGGGUGGAGUGUAGGGAGGAGUAUGCGGUGAGGUGGGAUCAGAUGGGAGAGGAGGAGGGAUUGGUUGCGCAUCGGUUGGUGGCGUGGGAGGAUGCGGUUAGGGAUAUGUGGUGGGGAGAGGGGAGGUGUAAUCAUUUUGAAUUGGGUGCGGGGGUUUAUUUGGAAGAUAUUUUUAUGGAUGUUUUGACGGCAGCGGAUCAUGUAGAAGGAUUUAGGGAUGGGGAGAAUAAGAAUGAGAAUGAGGGGUUGGAAGAGGUGUGGUAUGAUGCGCACGAGGCGUUGGAAUCACCAUCCUCUUCUGUGAGACGGAAAAGAUCACGUACUGAGAAGGAUGCAAUGCGACAAAUCGUCCAAAGUCUCAAGUCUCGCCAAUCCUCCCGAAUUCGAUCUUUCCUCAAUCACAUUUUUCUGAUACUUCAGUUUAUUUUCCUCUGUAUCCUUGCCACGCUCAUCCUACUAGCAUACAAAGAAUGGAAUCUUUGGCAAUCGAGAAACAAACCAAAUCUUCCUACCAUUGGGGAGUUUUCCGGUCUGAGUAGGAUGCACAGUAUGUUCAAUCACUGGUUUCUUCCAGACUGUAUAUCGGCAAUUUUGCCAAACUCGCGAAAAACGUGGUUGGGCACUUCUGAUUUUCGGGAAGAACUUGUGAUGUUGGUUCAGAAGUGGUUAGACUUGGAAGAAUCUUUGUUGGGUUCUUAA